UUCGAGUGGGGCUCUCCCCUAAAAGCUUCCUCCUUUUUAGCUGGGUGGUAAAUGAGCUGCAUAGAAGCGACAGCUCGUUGAUUUCAGCACUCGCAAAAGCUAGCCAGGCAGCUAGCUACAGUCUCAUGAAAUCAAUACGUUCGGUCUCCAGGUGGAUUUUUAGAUGCGAAGGCGGUACACCGGAGCACACACGGCUCACAAUCGCACGCGCGCCACCGAACCUCUUUCGGCUCUUCUCGGCUGAUCUCGCCUCUCCUCCGCUGUCCGAAUGAGCUCCAGUCCGCUUUCCAACGGCAAGCAGAUGUCGGACAACCAGAGCUGGAACUCGUCCGGCUCUGAGGAGGAUCUGGAGACGGAUCCCGGACCUCACGGCGGCGGGGUGGCUGAAUUCAGCGGCGUGCUCAGCAAGUGGACCAACUACAUCCACGGCUGGCAGGAUCGCUGGGUCGUGCUGAAGAACAACACUCUGAGUUAUUACAAGUCCCAGGACGAGAGGGAGUACGGCUGCAGGGGCUCGCUCUGCCUCAGCAAGGCCGUGAUCACGCCCCAUGAGUUUGAUGAGUGCCGGUUGGACAUCAGUGUUAAUGACAGCGUGUGGUACCUGAGGGCUCAGGACCCGGACCACCGUCACCAGUGGAUCGACUCCAUCGAGCAGCACAGGGCUGAGUCCGGUUACGGCUCUGAAUCCAGUUUGAGGAGACAUGGCUCCAUGCUCUCUCUCACCUCAGCUACCAGUGGCUACUCCGCCACCUCCACCUCCUCUUUUAAGAAGGGCCACAGCCUGCGAGAGAAGCUAGCCGAGAUGGAGACGUUCAGAGACAUCCUGUGCAGGCAGGUGGACACUCUGCAGAAAUAUUUUGACGCCUGCUCAGACGCCGUGUCCAGAGACGAGCUGCAGAGGGAUAAGAUUGUGGAGGAUGAUGAAGACGACUUUCCUACCACUCGCGCCGACGGUGAAUUUCUGCACAACCACAACGGCAGCAGAGAGAAGCUGUUCCAGUCUCUGAGCACUAAGGGCCUGAAUGGGAUCGAUUUUAAAGGCGAGGCCAUCACGUUUAAAGCCACUACAGCGGGGAUCCUGGCCACGCUCUCGCACUGCAUUGACCUGAUGGUGAAGAGAGAGGACAGCUGGCAGAGGAGACUGGACAAGGAGACGGAGAAAAGGAGGAGAGUGGAGGAGGCCUAUAAAUCCGCAUUGUCCGAGCUGAAGAAGAAAUCUCAUUUCGGAGGCCCGGAUUAUGAGGAGGGCCCGAACAGUCUGAUAAACGAGGAUGAGUUCUUCGACGCUGUGGAAGCCGCUCUUGACAGACAAGACAAAAUAGAGGAACAGACAGAAAAAUCUCGGAUACAGAGACCGAGCCCCAUGCCUUGCGGAGACAUCUAUUCCACGAUGGGGACGCACCGAUUCGCCGAGAAGCCCCCAACUCCGCCCACCUCCCCUCUGUCCUGUGAUGUAGUGCUCAGUCCCGUGCGUCAUCAUGAGCACAGGUUCAGUGCUGAGGUGGAGGAGAUGGUACAGAGUCACAUGACCUACUCCCUGCAGGAUGUGGGCGGAGAUGCGAACUGGCAGCUGGUGGUCGAGGAGGGAGAGAUGAAGGUGUACAGGAGAGAGGUCGAGGAGAACGGCAUCGUGUUGGACCCUCUGAAAGCCACACACGCAGUGAAAGGUGUAACAGGUCACGAGGUGUGCCAUUACUUCUGGGAUACGGAGGUCCGCAACGACUGGGAAACUACGGUUGAAAACUUCAGCAUAGUGGAGACGUUGUCGGAUAACGCCAUCAUCAUCUACCAGACCCACAAGAGGGUGUGGCCUGCGUCACAGAGAGAUGUGCUGUAUUUAUCGGCCAUCAGGAAAAUCAUGGCCAGCAACGAGAACGACCCUGACACCUGGAUAGUGUGUAACUUCUCAGUGGACCACGACAACGCCCAGCCGAGCAGCAGAUGCGUCCGUGCCAAAAUCAACAUCGCCAUGAUCUGCCAGACGCUGGUCAGUCCACCGGAGGGCAACAAAGAGAUCAGCAGAGACAACAUCCUGUGUAAAAUCACAUACGUGGCCAACGUAAACCCCGGAGGCUGGGCUCCUGCGUCUGUCCUGAGAGCCGUAGCGAAGCGGGAAUACCCCAAAUUCCUGAAACGUUUCACCUCCUACGUUCAGGAGAAAACUGCCGGCAAGCCCAUCCUCUUCUGAGAGCUCAGAUCGUCAGUGUACAGCGCCCCCUCUCUACACUCCCAGCUACAACGGCCCUGAGGACCUUCCUCUCACUGCAGGCCGUCUUCCUCCUCUUCAUCCUCCUCCUCUUCCUCCUGAAUGUCCAGACCCUUUGGCUGCCCCCGGAAGCUACCCACAUUACCCACGAUCCUCUGCAGCGGCCCUCAGUAUAGAUGUGCGUCGGCUUCAAGCGUUCCCGAGGCUUUAACCCCUGCAGCGCUCUGAGAGGACCGGUCGCCAAACCUCAGCGUUGGUUCUGUCAUGUCAGCAGAGAUGUAUAUUGAUAUUGGGAUGGAUGGAUGGAUGGAUGGAUGGAUCUGAGAUUUACAGAACAGGUUUAUUUAACGGAGCCGAAGCGCGGAAGGACCGCUCGCUUUUAGUUUUCCCUUUCGUUGAGCCGGUUGGUCCUAGAAUUCAUUGCUUUUUUUCCCCCCACCCCCAUGCUGCUAAUUUAAAAAAAAAAAAAAAAAAGAA